GUUGCCGCGUUCUGUGUGCAGGAGCCAUUAGUCAUGUGGAAUAACACAACUUUUAAUUUAUGCGUUUUUGUGAAAACGAAAUCAGUAACAACUACCCUUAUAGUAUGUUCGACUGGCUCUGGGUUAAUCACUCCGAGAGCGAUUAAUGACGUCUAAAUCUCUAUUAACCAAUCAUAAAACUUAUAAGUACUUGUUCGACCAAUAAACGUAGGCUGAAUAACCCAGAGUGGGAUAACCCAGAGCCAGUCGAACAUGCUAUUAAUAUAGUCAUAAAAUGUCUCAAGACGAAAUAGUUAGCAUCGACAUUCUCUUGGAGUUUUUGGAAGUAGCGUUUCAUCAUGUAUUAUUCUUUCGCAAAAUCUAUCCUGAAAAAAUAUUCAGUAAAAGAAAAAUAUAUGGAAUUACAGUUCACAUGUCAGAACAUCCAGAACUAAAUGAGUAUCUUUCCAAUGUUUUAAAUGCAAUCAGAGAAUUGAUAAAGGAAGAUGAAAAUAGUGUUAAAGCAAUUAAUCUUACCUUUUAUAAUGAGAAGAAAUUACCAAUAGAAAGAUUUGUCUUUGAUAUAGUUAAACUGCAAGCAGAGCUCACAGAGAAGGAUCCUUAUUAUUUAAAGACAGAAGAAGCUCUGAGAACGAUUUGUCUCAAAUUAUCCAUGUGUGAUACAUACUUGAAACCUUUACCAGAUGGUUCAACUUUUUCUAUAGAAAUUCAAACAUAUGAAACUGCACAUAUUACUUUGAGCGAGAAUCCAAAAUGUGAAGACUUUCCAUGGAUUGUGGAAGAUGGUGCAAUAGAAAUGGUCAACAAAAAUCUACUACCACUAAAAGACAUUAAAACUGAUUGUUUGAAUUUACAGAUGUAUGUGAUUGAAGAUACAGAGAACAAAAAGUGAGGUUUAAGUGAUAUUUUCUGUAUAAUAGGUCUUUUUUUAUAUUUUUAUUUUGUAUAAAAUAAAAUAAAUGCAUUUACAUAAUAAA